GAGCAGGCAUUAGAGGACACGCCUAUAAAACUCUGCCAGUCAACUGUGAAGAGGACCAAAGAGGUGGAGCUGGAGAUCAACACGAAGCUGGAUGCGCUGCAAGCUAGUUUACAUCCGUUGAGGUUGUGGACUCGUAGAAAAUGUUUGGUCCUAUCAAUAAACGUCUCCAGAGCUACCUGGCUGAGCGAAAGCGUCGCAGGACCAGGCUGGUGACCAAAGACGGCCACUGCAACAUCGAAUAUGGAAACAUCAAGUACAGCAAGCACUUUGUCUUCCUGGCCGACUUCUGGACCACAUUCGUGGAGAUCCGGUGGCGUUUUGUGCUCUUAUUCUUCAUUGCCUCUUUCACCAUGAGCUGGUUCAUUUUCGGCCUGCUCUGGUACUGGAUUGCCCGGAAUAACGGAGAUCUGACCUGGCAGGAGCCCCCUGCGGACCACACGCCUUGCGUGGACAACGUCGCCGGACUCACCACCGCAUUCUUGUACUCCCUCGAAACCCAGACGACCAUCGGGUACGGCGGCCGAGCCCUCACCCCCGUUUGCCCCGGCGCCGUGGCCCUUCUCAUCAUCCAGUCCCUCCUCGGCGCCGUCAUCAACUGCUUCAUGUGCGGAAUCAUCUUAUCGAAAAUUUCCUCGCCUAAAAAGAGAGCGAAGACCAUCUCCUUCAGCGACAUGGCCGUCAUCAGCCCCAAGAACGGCGCGCUUUGCUUGUCGAUACGAGUGGCCAACCUCCGCAAGACCCUCAUGAUCGGCAGCCAGAUCUACGGCAAACUGCUGAGAACCACCAAUACGGCAGACGGCGAGACGAUCAUCAUGGACCAGGUGAACAUUGACUUCAUGGUGGACGCCGGCAAGGACAACCUUUUCUUCGUGUGCCCGCUCACCCUUUGUCACGUGAUCAGCAAGGGCAGCCCGUUCUUUGAGAUGGCGGUGGACACGCUCCACAAGCAAGAGUUUGAGCUGGUCGUGUUCUUGGACGGCACCGCCGAGUCCACCAGCUCCUCCUGUCAAGUGCGGACUUCCUUCAUUCCGCAGGAGAUCAUGUGGGGCUACAAUUUCCUGCCCAUCAUCUCCCGAAGCAAAGAAGGUAAAUACAGGGUGGAUUUCUCCAACUUUUCCAAGGUGGUGCCCGUGGCCACCGCUCACUGCGCCUACUGUUUCCACAACAUCAAAGGUCACCACCAUCACUCCAAAGAUGGACUUGACAACCAGGGUUUUGAGGUGAUUGACAUCCACGAUCCUGCAAGUAUCACCAAGAUGUAAGAGCGCACGGCCGGUGGAGCGAGACACUCCACCGAUGAACCUCUCAAACAUCCCAAAGUAUGUUUGGCAAAACAGCGCGUAAAAGAAGCUCAUUUGGAAAACGUGUGGGUCGACUGAAUUAUUGUGAACAAUUGUUGUAUGCGCGCCAAGCCACGCUCGUCAAUGUCUAGCGGCCGAGAGCUUGUUUUCGGAAGGCUUGCCAUGUUAUGAAAAUGGCUUGGCUGGAAUAUCGGAGGAGAAAAGGAUGAUUAUACUUGAGGUCUUCUCGCAAAA